AUGUCAGUUGUGUAUUGUUCUUGUGGAAGAGAAGCUACAAUUAUGAUAUCCAGGACAAAUCGCAAUCCUGGACGUCGAUUUUAUGGAUGCCCUCAAAAGGGUUGUCGAGGAUUCAUUCAGUGGGUAACUGAUGGACCGUUAGAUACAAUGCCAGCAUUGUUGAGGGCCUUAAACUUCCUUGAAUCUUCUAACGAACAACUGCUAACUUCCAACCGUUUGCUUGAGGAAAAACUGAAAGAAACUAAAGCUGAAAAUAUGAAAUUGAGGAUGUAUUUGAUUGUUAUUGUCGUUGUUGUUAUUGUGUGGCUAGGUGUUAGGGUAAUGGUCAUUGCUGUAUUAGUGGUUUAA